UUUCGUCUCCGGCGCCGGCACCGGCCCUUUUCUCAUCUCUCUUCUCCUCGUUGUUCGGAAAUUCAAGGUUAAUCGUGUGAAUGGUAUUAGUCACCUGUGGUUGAGUUGUUUUGAAGCUGGACUCUCACAGGUUGUGUGGUUGUGUGUGUUAGAGAAUGACGAAGUUAAGGAAGCUGAACCGAACCACGGCCCAUCGUAUAUCUAUGCUGAAGACGAUGGUGUCUCAGUUGGUGAAGCACGAGCGAAUUGAAACCACUGUUGCCAAGGCAAAAGAGGUUCGUCGUCAGGCUGAUAGAAUGGUGCAGCUUGGGAAAGACGGUUCACUCUGUGCAGCGAGGCGUGCUGCUGCAUUUGUACGUGGGGAUGAUGUAAUUCACAAGUUAUUUACAGAACUGGCCUAUCGAUACAAAGAUCGAGUAGGUGGAUACACAAGAAUGCUUCGGACACGGAUAAGAGUUGGUGAUGCUGCACCCAUGGCCUAUAUUGAGUUCAUUGACAGAGACAAUGAGCUCAGACAAUCAAAACCACCGGCCCCUCAACCACCACCACCAAGAGUUCCCUUGGAUCCUUGGGCUAGAUCCAAACUUUGCAAGCAGUUUGCACCCCCUAAAGAAGAUAAGAGCAAGAGCACCGAGAUUUGAUAUGUUUGAGAUUAUUAUUUUCCAAGAGAGUAUCUCUGCUGUCUUGUGAUUAUUCUCACUCGAAGUGGGUAGUUUUUAUUCAAAGAACUUUCUGUAUGACUCUGUUGUAGCAGUACAGUUCUAAAAAUAAUAGUCUAGUGUUUCUCAAUGAGAGUAGUGAUGUCUGAGUCAGAAUUGAUCCACAGUACUAACAAGAGUUUGGUCCUCUUCACUCUGGAUAUCACAAGAAGGCAAAGCCUUAUGUUUUA